AUGAAACGAUCUCGUCAUAGAUGGCUGGCAAUCUCUAUAUUUUGUGUAGCCGUUGCAGCCUUAUCGAGACUGCCCAGCACAUCGGCUGUGAGAGCCACAUCCCUCAUAUUCGCGAAAACCACCACCACAACUGCUGCACCAGAAGAAGAAGUCUCGGGGCCUGAUGAUGAAGCGCAGUUGGAAACGACGGCUGAGGAAGCUGAAAGCAAUACAACAUCCAAACUAUCCGGUAUUCCUCAAAUAGACUACAUCUACGACCCAAAUCUUCCCAGGGAAUUAAAUGGAUACAAUCUAUCGGAAUACCCCUUCUAUGAGACUGUACCCCCUCCGGAGACUAUGGACUUCAAGUGUGACGGUCUACACGAUGGCUUCUAUGCGUCUGUACCUCACAAAUGUCAGGUCUACCACCACUGCUUAUUCGGUACGAGGUACGACUUCCUCUGCGCCAACUACACAGCAUUUGACCAGAAGACGUUUAUCUGCCAUUUCGUAUCGGAAGUAGAUUGCAAAAAUUCACCGAAAUAUUUUAAUAGAAAUGAAGCUCUGUACAAAGCCGCUUCCACCGAACCGCCACCACCUCCCCCCACCACAACAACUACCACAACCACCACAGUGCGUCCUCCUCGACCACCGCGGAGGAGGCCCCAUCAUCGAUAUGACUAUUAUGAUGAUGAUGAGUACUAUUACUCUAGGGAUAGAGAUGAAUACGACUAUGAAGAAAGAGGUGGAAGACGGACGAGACCAAGGCCCGGGCGACCAGGCAAAAGGCGACCUCAUGAUGACUACGAUGACAGAUAUGAAACUCGAUCGAGACCCCGCGAUGAGAUCGAAGACGAUUACGACGAUCGAAGACCAUAUGAAAGACCGAGAGGGAAAAGGCCCGACUACAGAAGGCCUUAUGAUGAUGAUGAACGAAGACCAUAUAAAAGUGGGCGACGUCCGCUAAAACCCAGAGAUAAAGAAGAUGAUCGAUACAGAUCUGACGACGAGGAAAGAUCGAGGGGCGGGAGACCCAAACGCCCAAGAGACGAAUUCAGGCCCAGGGAUGAAGUUAGAGAUGACAAAUUAAAUAGAAAUAGGGAUGAUGACAUAAGGGAUGAGAUGGACUCUAGAGAUGAAAUAAGACCGAGAGAUGAAAUAAGGCCACGUGGCGAAAAUAGAGGAAGAGAUGAAAUAAAACCUCGUGAUGAAAUAAGACCACGAGAGGAAAGUAGACCAAAAGAUACUAAUUCUAGAGAUGAAAUAAGACCCAGAGAGGAGUUUAGAUCUAGGGAUGAAAAGAGGCCAAAGGAUGACCGACGCCCUGUAGAUGAAAGUCGUGAUAAAAUUAGAGAUAAACCUUCAAACGAAGGACGCAGACUUUAUGACAGACCAUACAGAGGCAAGGAAGACAGGCCAUCUUCAAAACCAGAGAGAAAUUAUGACACCGAUGACCGACAAGAAGAAAAGAGGCCGCCGCCAACCGCUCCUGAAACACCUCUAGUCAAACCAAAUGGACACGGUAUAUUUAGUCAGCCGAGAAUGCCACCGAAAAUAAAACGGCCGGUUCCAUUAAAUGAAAAAGAUAAAUACGAAUAUGUUACAAUAUCCACAACAAAAGCCCCACCCAAAUUGGAAGAUGAAUAUUACGAUGACUAUGAAGAAGACGACGUCAGCAGGCCAAUGCCGUCUGCUAAAACUAGCACAGUGCAACAGCGCCCGAAACCAGAGCCACUUGAAAGAGAAAAGUUCAAACCCCGACCGACGGGACCAGGUAGCCUUAAAAAAAAGACAAAACGGCCUAUUGACUAUGAUGACGAAGAAUAUUAUUAUGAACCUCCAACAAAAGCAGCUAAGUACACAUACUCACAAAGAGGAAAUGACAAAUCAAAAGGAAAAGACGAUGAUUAUUAUUACGAUGAGGAGAAGGAAAGGACAAACGAUAGGACCAAAGAUGAAAUAGCUGAAAAAGUGAGAGAUGUAAAAACUAAUGUGAAAGUGGUUAAACGUCCUUUUUUACCGUCUAGGGGUGGAAGUCCCUACCUACCGCGAGGAUUACAGCCGGUAGGUGGAAAGAACUUAAACUCACCACCAAGCACCACCCCUAAACCUACUUCCACUUCUUCUACAACUACCACUACUACCACUACCACGACUACUACUACUACUACUACACCUAAACCGACAACGACAAUCCCUAUAACAACAACUCAUCUCACCACAACUUUAGCUACAGAACAACCGACAUCCCCCGCAAUAGAGGAGGAAUACGAGUAUUACGACGAAGAAGAUAUUGAAUAUGAGAACAACAAGAAAGAGUCAAAACCGACUACAACAGAAUUCAAAACCGACCCACCCACAACGACCCAGCUUAGAAUUGAACCACCGACGACGACACCAGAAAACAAAGUGAAAGAUUUAGCGUCAAAAGUGUUGAGAACGUUCAACGACAACUACGAGGCAAUAAAAGAGCAACUAGAAUCCACAUUGAAACCCGGAGCGUACUUGAAGCCGUACUACCCCCAGCCGGAGAAACCGAAAGUGGAACCGCAACCGGAAAUAUCGAAGCCGUAUACGGCGACCGGUAAGCCCUUGAGAAUCCCGGAGGUUUCGAUCAAGCAGAACCUAGCGGAUUCCGUGGAGAAUGAAUACGACGAGAGAUACAACGAGGCGCUAGCUCCGAAUAUAAGGGUACCGAGCGGAUUCAUCGUUCCUACGAAUAGAGAUUAUACGUUCAGUAGAUUUAGGAAUAGCCUACCAGCGGAGCCGCAGUACGCGGCGUCAGAACUGUCGCAGUACCAGAUCAGAAAGCGGCCGCAGAUAUCCGGGGUCAGUCUCCGAACCCCGACGUCUUAUUAUCUGAAACCCCAAGUGAGCUACGAGGGCCUGACGAGACCGGCUCGACAUCUGGUGUAUAGGAAGAUCGGUGAUUUCUUUUAG